AUGCCUAUUAAACUGGAGCAAUUGCAUCUCAACGAUGCUUCUCGAAGUAUAGAGGGCUUAGAAGAGACUAAAGCGGUACCGACGGAUAAACAAAUCUGCGACGAUGUGGUCCUGCUAUGGAGACAGGAACCAGCCACCGAAGACUUAGGGCUCGUGGAAUUGCUAGAAAAAGUCGUCCACAGAAACCCCAGUUGGGACUUGUCCGAGAGCAAGCUCAAGCAAACACUUAUAGAUCACAACUUAUCGUUCUCGGACGAAUCUAAGCUUUUCACGUAUGCUGACCAAGUGGUAAGUGCACAGUGCCCGUUUAUCGAUCCCAAGAGUUUGGAAAAACUCGAAUUGCUUGAGACUCAACCUCGUGGAUGGUCAGCUUUCGCGCGCAAAGACCUGCGACGUGAUGAAAUUAUCUUUUACGAACAUGAAGCUCUAACACCUAUAUUGCCACUAGACAAAACGUCUCUUGCCGAAAUCGGCAGAUCCUGUUCCUUGUGCGGAACAUUGCUCACCCAAAGCUCGCAGUUUACCAUGAAAAAUUUGCUCGAUUGCCAGUUCUGCUCUGCCGUUUGGUGCUCUAAGCAUUGCAAACGCCUUGAAGCCGCCACACACAGCUUUCUCAAGCAUCCAACUUCCAAGAGCAAGCAAGUUUCUGCAACUGGAUGGUUAGAUUUCGAAAAAAUGUGCAAAGAAAACGCUAUGCAUGCGGCGUAUUCAAUUGGGAUUAUAUACGCACGAAUCAUACUCGAUAAGCAUGACAGUGAUCGCAUCCGAGAACAGUUUGAAUCUCUCGCGCAAGUGAGUCAAACAUUACGAACUAAGUCUGCGGACUCCACUAAUAUUGGGGGUACUUUUGAUAGAGCUAUGGGUGCAGUUUCUUCAGAAGACAGAUCUCUGUGGAGUAAUGUAUUUGAAUCUUUUUGCAGUGCAUUUCCCAAUGUCGAAGAAGAGGAAGGCUUGAAUCUAGAGACCUUUUUGACUUACAUUGGUAAAUUUAACAUAAAUCAACUUGACGGCCAAAUAUACACCAUCUAUUCGCAUUUAAAUCACAAAUGCGAACCCAAUGUGCGGUACGAAGUAGAUGGUAAGAAGGGCUUGAAAGUAUUUGCCAGAAAGGACAUCAAAAAAGGUGAAGAACUGUUCACUACGUAUGUUAAUCCACUGCACGGUGUUACGUUGAGGCGUCGAGAACUCUUAGUAAAUUGGGGGUUUUUGUGUAAUUGUUCUCGGUGUCACAAAGAGCUUGCUGCACGCAACAAGGCAGGAUCAACUUUCGGCCCUAAACUAGAUUUGCCAGGAAUAAAGGUUACUAGAAGAAAGUCCUCACUGAAGGCAUCAAAACCCGACCUGUCCGAACUUUUAAAAAAUGGACAGGAGUUCGAUUUAGAGGUGCCUGAUGAUUUGGAGUUUGGGAGAAGACGCAAAUCGGUAAGGUUUGAUGACAGAGUAAUGGCUGCGGUGGAGGAGUAA